CCAAACCGCGCCGCUUCCCUGAAGUUCGAAAACUUCUAAAAAAGUUAUGUGCGGCAUUAUUCCCUCUCAGUUCCAAUGUAACAAAAGAGUUUUCAAUGAAGUUGAACGUUUUUCUCUUUGGAUAAGCUGCUGCCGCUAGGCAUUCUACGUUACAUCGAAUCAGUGUAGUGUGGUCUAGUGUGACUUUUUAUUGGAUUUUUACUUUCCAAGUGUAAAUUUCUCGAUCAAGAUAUUGGUUCUAGCACGACAAAUCAUCUCAUACGGAACCGUGGAUUGAAACGUUGUUUACGGUUUGUGAUCUUUUUGUGUAUGAUGUGUGAUCAACAUUUAUUCAAUUCAACAUUUACCUUGGAUUUAAUUUGGAAAACAUCUGACUAAUAUAAGUUAUAAAAUUACUACUCUGCAGUUAGUUUAUGCCAUUUUGUGGAUAAUUAGUCGCAAGUUCAAUAAUUGUUUUGGUAAUUUACACGAGUCAAACGAUUCUACCUCUAUUUAGUCUCAAAACGUAUUUGUAAUAAUUUAUCCUCUGCCUCCAGCAUUUAAACUAGUACCAAAGUUGAAGUUCAAAUGAAAUUGAUGUUGAAUUCCAAGUAAUUCUAAGGUUGCAUUUUAAUUAAUUUCAAAAUUGCAUUGCAACUCAUUCCUAAGUUGAAUUACAACAAUUUUAGAAUUCUGACAAUUUAUUUCUGAACCAGACGAUAUCAGUUAUCUUUUAUAUUAACUAUUUUUGCAAAGAUGUGUUUUGAAUCAAGUAACACUAAACAAAAAGAGUCUUGUAGUUUAUUUAAAAUAGUAAAUUUUAUUCUGAUUUGGCACCCUUUAUAAGAAUUAAUCCCGUUAUAGGUAUCGAUUGCUUUUCUUUUAGCAGACGAUUUCAUUCAUUUGAUCAGACGAGAUUAAAGUUUCAAAAAUAAUUCCACGUACUUUUUCCUUCGUGAGUAAAUUAUAAUUUACCUUGAAACUCUUCUCAAGAUGGGAAGAGUAACAUAGCAUCAAAUGGAGCUUGAAAGCCCACAAACUUUUCAUUGUGGAUGAAGAGCUUUAUCUAACUUUUCUUAUUAUUUAAAGCAGAUUUGUGUGAAUAGUUUCUUCGUAUAGCUGAAGGCACGGUUUUUUUUUUGUUGCUCUUGUGGCGUCUGACUGCAUUCGUUAGUGAGGCGCGAAUAGCCUCUAGAUACCGAAACUAUGUGAAAAAAGAUUUGUAGAAUACUGCAGUAUUCCUUUCUAUUUUUUUCUUCCAAAUCUUUAUUUUAUGGAUCUUUAGUUUUUCCGGAUGUGGGGGUGUGGGUGAAAGGUAAUGAUAGAGUGACGUCAUUAGGAAGUUGGAAGAAAGGGGGAAGAUGAAAGUGACGGUGAAUUUUGGAUCUGUUCGUGUCAUAGUGCCAUGUGGGAAAGGUGAUUUACCAGUGAAGAAGCUGAUGGAUUUAGCUAUUACUCGAUAUAAAAAAGCUACAGGAAAGCCAGCUGAUUCUUGGGUAACAAUACACAAUUUGAAGCUUCUUAGUGAUGGUGGUAUAUUAGAUCCAGAUGAUAAAUUGAAUGAUGUUGCCGACGACAGAGAACAGAUUACUGCAGUUUAUGAUGAAGAAUUAUCAUCAUACUUAAUGCAUAAUGGAGGUGAUGGCACUAGUGCUAGUUCAAUAGGAACUGAGAGUCCUGACAUUUUUCAAAAUGGGGACAUUUUAUCUGCCCCUCUUAUCAAAUCCUCUUAUGUUGGUUCAGAUGCUGAAGUGAAAGAAGAAAAAAUAGUCGGAGGUCUUCUUCCUCUUCAUGUACGAAGAGGUAGUGAGCCUGCACUGAAUAGACUUUCCCCAUCUCUGCUGCCAAAUAUAGAAAAUUGUAAAAGAUGGUCUGCUGCUGUAUUAGCUAGUGAUGAUUGUUUAAGGAAUUUAAAUAGUGAGGGUGAAGAGCAAUCUGAAGAUGACAUACCACCUGGAGAAAGAGAGGAUGGAAGUGGGGAAGAGAAAUCUUUUUCUUAUCAACAGUAUUUGAAUUCUUGGAAUCAAGAACUAAAUUUCAAUAAGGAUGAAAGAAGAGAACCAUUAGGUGGACCUGUUUCUUCAGCAAAUCAUAGCUCUGAUGAAGCUGAUGACAGUGACUCUUCUAGCUCCAUCAAUCAAAAAAUUGAGGUGAUUAAACUAAAGAAAGAAGAUGGUCCUUUGGGUAUUAGGAUAGUUCCUGCUGCUGAUGACUCUAAUAAGAAAAAUAAAGGUGUUAUGAUACAAGGUAUUGAACCAGGUGGAAGAAUAGAUAGAGAUGGACGAUUUUCUGUUGGAGAUUGCAUAACUGAAAUAAAUGGUUUUAAAAUCAGCAAAGAUUCCUAUCGAAAUGCCCAAGAGAUCUUGAAAGAUGCCAUGAAAGCUCCAGAGUUGAAAAUUCAUUGUAUCAAAAAAGACUUGAUGCACAACAAGAACAAGAAAAAUAAGCCUCCUACUGUUCUUCCCAAGCCAAAUUUGCCUUCUGAAGAUCAUGGAACUGCUCAUAUAAAAAAUAUAUUUGAUUGUGAUAAAGCUCUUGCUGUCUCAACCCCUACUAAAAAGCUACUUACCAAUGUUUUGCACAAAGGAAUGCCAGUUCAUUCAAGUAUUAGAAAAAUUGGGCGCCGUAUUCUUGUUCAUCUGAGUAAAGGUUCUGAAGGCCUUGGGUUUAGCAUAACUUCUAAAGAUGCUAAUAAUGGCCCUCCAUUUUUCAUUAAAAAUAUUCUUCCAGCUGGGGCUGCUGUAGAUGAUGGCAGAUUAAAGACAGGGGAUAAACUGUUAGAAGUUAAUAAAAUAGAUGUUUCCAGUUUGACUCAAGCCGAAGUGUUGAAUAUACUAAGAAAUGUCCCAUAUGGUGAUGUUGUAGAAUUGGUUAUAUCAAGACUUGAAACUGAUUUAUCACCCAGCCCUAGUCUCCCUAGAGAAUUGCCUGUAGAAAAAGCAGAUGAAGAAGCCGUUGUGUGUGCAAAAAGAAAGGACAUAUUUACUUUCAAAGUAGCUUUGAAUGAUACUGGCUCUGCUGGUUUAGGUGUCAGUGUUAAGGGAAGAACUUCAAAUACUGAAAAAGGACCUGUCGAUAUGGGAAUAUUUUUGAAAAAUAUUUUUCAUGGUGGUGCAGCUCAUAAGGAUGGAAGGCUGCAUAACAAUGAUCAGCUGAUGAAUGUAAAUGGCAUUUCACUGUUGGGAAUGACCAACGGUCAGGCUAUGGAAACAUUACGGCGUGCAAUGAUACAAGGUGAUGGACCAAAUGCUGUCCCAUAUGCAAUAACAUUGACAAUUGCUCGACGUGUAUCUUCGUCUGGUGGUAAUCGAUCCGACCAGGGCGAGAGUUCUGGUCAUGAUCGGAGUGACUCCUUGCUUAGUGAGAGUGGUGACUCAUUUUAUGUAUCUAACGAAAACUUAACUUUGUCAAACAAAUGCAAUGGCAUAACCCCAGAUACAUCUACUAGUGAUAAUUCAGGCAAUACUGUCAUAUUCAUGUUACCUGCACAUACCAAUAUGCCAAAUGGUGAUAGGACAGAAAAUGAUUCUGAGUUACUAUCUUUAUCACAAUCUAUUCCUGUGAGUUUUUCACAAAAUGGACUCGUGAAUGGUGAAAGUGAGAGACUCUUUGGUGAAAAUACGUUUGAGGAACAAAAAUCUAGUGUGGCUGCAAUAGCAAAACAUAGUUCAUCUGAUUUGAUUGACUUAAAUGAAACUGUUACAUUAGGUGCAUGUGAACAAGACUUUGAGCUAACUGACUCAUUCCAAGAAAACAUGUCUCUUGGCAAUCACAAAAAGUCAUUUUCAAAUCCCGUUGAUAUGGAUUUGUACAGGCCUGUUCUAAAUGGGCAUGACACAUUAGACGAUCUUCGAAAUUGUGAUAGUCCCCCACCUGCUAGCAGAGGAAUCGCCAAAAGAAAAAGGUAUCUGAUGGAGAGAAAUGAUAAUUUCAAAAGAAGUGGAAUGGGAAGGCAAAGUAUGCCUGAAAAGAUUUUAUGGUCUUAUCAGAGGCACCAGUACUCGCCAAAUGAAAGCCCGAAUGAAUCAAAUUGCUAUUUCACACCCCAAAACGUGCGAACAUCUCAUUUGCCAAAUACUUGUUGUGAUAAUACACCAAUUAGAGAAAUGCCAGUGGAUGUGGGACCAUACGAAUAUUCAGUUCAUCUUGAACAGAUGGACCGAACUAAAGUUGUCAACAAAGAGUUGCAAGUGGAAAGAGUUCAACGAACUACUGUCUUUUAUCCUACAUGUUGUUGGUCCUGUGAUUCUCCUGAUUGUCCAUAUCAUGCUGUGCCAACUACUGGAAGAGAAAGUGGUGGUAGUAACGAAUCAAAUGACCCAGUUGGACCUUCUCUAGGUUUAUUAAAGUCUAGUAGCUUAGAAAGUCUUCAAACUAUGCUACGAGAAAAACAGAAAUUGAAUAUGUCUGCAAGCAAUGGUAACACAAGUAGAGGUUGCAAUGAAAGUUUUCGAGCAGCUGUUGACAAGUCUUUUGAAGCUGUUGAUCAAAAUGAAAAUUCAACUGUCGAUAAAGACAAAGUACCACAAGCUACUAAUGGAAAUCGUCAUACUCGUUCGAAAACAGUUGAGACGAUGGAAAAGAAGGAAAAUAAAAGUCAUAAAAAGAAAGGUAUAUUCAAAGGAUUGGGAUCAGUUUUCAAGUUUGGUAAGUCUUCUAAAAAGUCAAACAAAGAAACUACAGCUACUUCUUGUAAAGAACCUGUACCUUCACAACUCAUAAGCGCACCGCUUCAAAAUGGUGUACUGGCUGAACAAGAAAGGCUUAAUAGGUUACACCAAGAGCAACUGGAGUAUCAGAGAUUACAUUUACAAACCAAUCGAUCAUCUCGAAAUUCUUUCACAUUUCCUCGUAAUAGAAAUGCUUCAUUCCAGAAUCACAGUACUAAUCCUCAUUCUCCACAAAAUCGAGUAGAUAGAAUGUAUGCAUUAAGAACUGAACACCAGAAAAAGCACAAACAACGUAAUGGUUUUUAUCCACAAGAAGAUCAAGAAGAAAUGUAUGAACAACAAAUUAAAGAAGCUGUUGAUCCACCUAUGGUAAAUCGUCCUCUUCCACCAAUUCCUCAUCAAGAACCAGUCUCUGAAAAAGAAAACUGUGCAGAAUUAUCUCCAAAGUCAAAAACAUUAGAAAUUUAUAAAGAAAUGUCAAAGCCUGGAAGUCGGAAGGGAUUCGUAGAUCCUGAUCGCUACAGUCACUACAUGAAUUUUCAAGAAAUCCAGCAGCAUUUGCAACAAUUUCGUCAUCACCAAAACUUGUUUUUCAAUGAUUCAUCAGAAGUACAAAGCCCAUAUCUCCUCACAAACUCUCAUAUGGUUAGUCCUCACAAACGAUAUUAUAGACAUACAGUGAGUUCACCAAGGUCUAGACCUGUAUCAGAGUUUUUCGAUUUCCGAAAUGAAGAACAGAGUUCUUCAACUAAACGAACUUCUGAGUCUGGUUCCUUGCCUCGCAAAAUGUUCCAAAAUGGGCGACACAGACCACCCAUUCCAGCAGCAUUCUUAACACAACAAUCACAAAAUGGAGUUGCAGGGAAUCGACGAAUACCAAAUAAUUUAUAUGGUCAAACAUCAGGAUUGGAGGAAAUGUAUAAGCACAAGUCAUCAGGAUCCAAAGUGUGAUAUUUUAAUGUAUUAUUAUUUUCUUUUAAAAUUUCAUUGUGUGAAACAGUUUUUAAAAGAUAAAUUGUAUUGUGAUUUUCAUGUUUUAAAGAAUCAUAUUUUGUACAGAAGCAUAUAGAGUACACAUGGUUAUACAAGACUUCAACAAAGAUAUGUCAUAUAUCAGAGCUUUAACUUGAUCAUCAAACAAUUUUCCAUAAUCUUUGAUUAAUUUAAUUGUAACAUAAUAAUUUUACAUGUUUAUAUUUUUUAAAUUAGGUAAAUGUAGUGAAAGUUUUCUUUUAAAAAUUAUAUUAAAGAAAAGAAAAGUAAUUUUUGACUGUCUGUUUGGUUGCUUUUACAUUAAACAAAAAAGACAAUAAAACAGAUCAGGUGGCCAUCAACAAUAUACCAUGCCUAUGAAAUAAGCAUAGCAGGCUCACAUGUGGAUAUGUUAGACUCAAAAUAGCAUUGUUCUUGGGAACUAAACAUCAAAUGCACUCCCAGAUAUGAAAUUGUUAUUCCUCCCCCCUGUCAUUACAGUUGCUAUUAUUUUGUUCUUAUAU